GUCGAAAUGUAAAUACUUAAGUUAUGAGUAUGCGGACGGCGAUACAAUCCUAGCACGUUGCAAUGUGCUCUUGAAUCGGCGCGAGACAUGACACAGACCCUCGCAGGCUGCCGAAUGUGUUGGCAUCGUGGAUCGCGGCGCUGCGACUCUCCUUCUCCUCGAGGACAAUGCGCAGGCUGUGGCCAAUGUAGUCCUUCGUAUACACGUUCACGUCCAAGUCCGGGCGACUGGCUUGCAACGCUGGUACAACGAGUUGAAGGAACCCUGCAAGCAUGUGCGAGUUCAUCGACUUCAAUUCGACGCGCGGGUUCGAGAAUGGCGACUUGGAGUCUCGUUGCCCGGUCAAAUGAUACGAAAGCCACUGGUUCAAGUACUCGUGUUUCUUUGCAUCGCCUUGAGACCAAUCCGCCAGCAGGCGCCUCCAUGCGAGAGACCCGAGUCCAUGCGCUGUAGUUGCAGGGGUGUCCAUUUCCUUGAUCCACUCUUCUUGAAUUCGAACGGACCUCUCGCCCUUGCGCACUGCGGAGGGAGUUCUCGAUGCUUCGAUGACUUCGGCGCUCUUAACCAACACACGCGUUGCACCAAUCGCUUUCGCAGGAUCGUCAGAUGUCGCAGGCGCUUUGGUCGGAUCACUGGACAACCGAGUCAAGGUCAUUGUGUAUGGAACUUGGGUAGGCAAAGCGGUAUCCGAUCCACCAUACUCGGUCGCUCCGGUUGCCGCCGGUAGCCCAAACGAACUGCAGAUGAAGCGGCGGAGAGUUUCGUGCUCCGACUCCAACACUUCACGGAAAACGGAUUCCCUGGCCACUGCCUGCUUCAUUUGCGUUACUUGGUGUUGCAACGACUUGUUCUCCAUCAUGACGCGCUUGAGUUCCUGGCGCAGGCGCUCGUUCUCGUCCGCGAGAGUGUCGUGAGCAAAGUACAUGGUCCUCGUCUGCGCUACUGG